AUGCUAUCUAUCUAUCUAUCUAUCUAUCUAUCAAUCUAUCUAUCUAUCAGUUGUGAGUUUUCCCCGCGUGCUAUUUCAACGCGACUCGUGAGCGGCACCUGGUGGUUCUUCACCCUGAUCAUGAUAUCGUCCUACACCGCCAACCUAGCCGCCUUCCUCACCGUGGAGCGGAUGAUUUCGCCCAUUGAACGGGCCGAUGACCUAGCCAAACAGAGUGACAUCAAAUAUGGUACCCUAUACGGUGGCUCCACUAUGACUUUCUUCAAGACUUCAAAAAUACCGACUUACCAAAGAAUGUGGCACGUAAUGGAUUCAACCGAACCAAGUGUGUUUGUUAACUCAUCUCAGGAAGGAAUUGAUCGAGUAUUGAAAGGAAAUUAUGCCUACUUGGGCGAGUCGGCUAUCAUCGACUACAACGUCCAACGUAAUUGCGACCUGAUGCAAGUAGGCGGGCGUCUAGAUUCUAAGGGAUAUGGCAUCGCGACCCCUAGGGAGUCUCCUUAUCGAGACCUCAUCUCAGAUGCUAUCUUGAAACUGCAAGAAGAGCAAGUAAUAACCCUGUUAUAUAACAAAUGGUGGCGCGAAGGAUACGGGGCAGUGAAAUGCGAGAAUGAAGACGCCAACAAGGAUGCCAGCGAAUUAGGCGUGUCCACUGUUGGCGGCGUCUUCGUCGUGCUCGGCGGGGGACUGGCUACCGGUCUCAUCGCCGCCAUGAUGGAGUUCGUUUGGAAAGCCAAGAAAAACGCAGAAGAAGACAAGCGUUCCAUUUGUGCAGAAAUGCUAAGGGAAUUCCGGUUCGCAAUGAAAUGCUUUGGUUCGUCGAAAAAGACAGUGAAGAAAGGACCCCGAAAAAAAAGUAUCACAGACAACGGUAUUCACUUCAUGCCGCUGGCAGGCUUUAGUGCAGCCACCGGCAAGGAAGCCUACGGCUAG